UUGCAGGCAGAUUCUUCACUGCACAUCUUGGUACUGACAGCCCAGAGGCUUGAAAACCCACCAAUACCUUGCAGUCAGGAACAGCAGAAGGGAAUGUGAGAGAGAGAGAGAGAGAGAGAGGGGGAAAGGCAGUGAGAGAGUGUAUGUAUGUGUGUGUGAGUCAGAGCAAGCGACUUCACUUUAAGAGACUUAAGUCCCAACUACUCCAUGCAGUUCAGCACAACAGCAGCAUCCACAGAGCCUGGUUUCAUGGGGACAUGGCAGAACUCCGAGACUAACCUGCUCUUCAGAAUGGCCCAACAGGCCAUUCGCUGUACACUGGUAAACUGUACGUGUGAAUGCUUCCAACCAGGAAAGAUCAGCCUACGAACCUGUGACCAGUGUAAACAUGGCUGGGUGGCACAUGCGUUGGACAAGCUCAGCACCCAACACCUGUACCAUCCAACGCAGGUGGAGAUUGUUCAGUCCAAUGUGGUGUUUGACAUCAGCAGCCUGAUGUUGUACGGGACACAGGCAGUCCCAGUGCGCCUCAAAAUCCUUCUUGACCGUCUCUUCAGUGUAUUGAAACAGGAGGAGGUGCUUCAGAUCCUGCACGGCCUGGGCUGGACUCUCCGAGACUAUGUCCGUGGAUACAUCCUUCAGGAUGCUGCAGGCAAGGUGCUGGACCGCUGGGCUAUCAUGUCCCGGGAAGAAGAGAUCAUUACCCUCCAGCAGUUUCUGAGGUUCGGAGAAACCAAAUCCAUUGUCGAGCUGAUGGCCAUCCAAGAAAAAGAAGGGCAGGCUGUGGCUGUGCCGACUUCAAAAGCAGAUUCUGAUAUCAGAACUUUUAUAGAAAGCAACAAUCGGACUAGGAGCCCUAGCCUCCUGGCUCAUCUGGAAAACAGCAACCCUUCCAGCAUCCAUCACUUUGAAAAUAUCCCCAACAGCCUGGCAUUCCUACUUCCAUUCCAAUACAUAAACCCCAUCUCUGCUCCUUUACUUGGCCUCCCCCCCAAUGGUGUCAUGCUUGAACAGAGCCUGAGGUUGAGGGAACCCAACCUUCCUAUCCAGAACGAGCAUGUAGAGAGCAGUGAGUCUGAAGUUUCCGUUUCGCCUUUUCGAAAUGACCAAACUAGCAGCAGGAACGCCCUCAGUAGCAUUAUCAAUGUUGAGCCCAAGACCGAGCAGAGCAGGUUGUCCCCAAUUCACACACCAGCAGCUCCUGCAAAUGACCCGGUCAAGACCGACAACUCUAAAAGUACUCUUCUGAGCUCAAAAAUUCAGAGGGUGAAGAGAAUUGGACUGACCCCAAGAAAGGGCCGAGUGGUCUGCAAUGCCUGUGGUAAGACUUUUUAUGACAAAGGUACCCUCAAGAUCCAUUACAAUGCUGUGCACCUGAAGAUUAAGCAUAGGUGCACGAUUGAAGGCUGCAACAUGGUUUUCAGUUCCCUGAGGAGCCGCAAUCGUCAUAGUGCCAAUCCCAAUCCACGUCUGCACAUGCCAAUGCUGAGGAACAACAGAGACAAGGAUCUCAUCCGAGCCACAUCUGGAGCAGCCACUCCAGUCAUAUCCAGCAUCAAAUCAAAUUUAAGUCUCACAUCGCCUGGGCGACCAUCCAUGGGCUUUAAUUCUUCCUCAGUCGAUCCAGUUCUUCAGAACCCCCUGGUAUUCCCUCCUCUUAAGACAGUGGAACCUGUCCCUCCAUUUUACAGGAACUUGCUGACAUCUGGUGAAAUGGUGAGCCCUCCAACAUCGCUCCCAUCCAGCCCCAUAGUGCCCACCCUCGAACAGCCUUGCGCCCCCGAGCCACAUCCACCCAUGGCUCAGGAAUUGGCAGCUGACCUUGCCCCCAAGAAAAAAUCUCGAAAAUCAAGCAUGCCUGUAAAGAUUGAAAAAGAGGUGAUUGACACGGCUGAUGAGUUUGAUGAAGAUGACCAGGUCAAUGAAAAUCAUGUCAACGAUUGCAACCAGGACGAGGAAAUGAAUAACGCCAAUUGUCGCAAAGAAAUGAGUCCUAACAUUCACAUACACAGCAGCAGAAAACCAGAUGAGGAGAGAAGCCUUGGUGGGUUUGAAGAUAAGCAAAUAGGUAGCAUCACUUCAGAGGAGCAAGAGCAUGACCGUGACUUUGAGGAUGAAUCUGAAGGUUCCGAGUCUAAAAUGUGCGAUAAUCCCAUAGAAAAUGAUGAGCGGGUACACCGAGAAGUAUAUGAAAAGGAGGAAAUGUCAAGCAGCAAGCCUGAAGACAAAGACUGUGUUUCCCCUCAGCCACAGACUAUUAAAAUAAAAGAAGAGUUCACUGACCCAACCUAUGACAUGUUUUACAGUAUCAGCCCGUAUGGUUUAUACAAUGGAGGAGGAGGGAACAUUGCUGCCCUGCCAGAAGGCUUCUCUCCUUCAGUGGGAUACAGCAGUCCCCAGAAAUACUCACCAGAGAGUGAACUCUGCUCCAGCCCUGAUCCUAAGAUCUGUUAUGUCUGCAAGAAGAGCUUUAAAAGUUCGUACAGCGUGAAGUUACACUACAAGAAUGUUCAUCUGAAGGAGAUGCAUGUUUGCACAGUAGAAGGUUGCAAUGCAGCGUUUCCAUCCCGCAGGAGUAGAGACAGGCAUCUCAUACACAGAAUACCGCACAGACACAGCGCCAACAUAAACCUUCACCGUAAGCUUCUGACCAAAGAACUGGAUGAAAUGGGCUUGGAUCCAGCUCCGCCUCUUGCCAAGGAUCUCCGUGAAGAAUUCUUGGCCAAGAUCUAUGGAGGGCACCAUGGCAUUGGGCUAGAUAUGCAGGACGAAGCCAGUUCACCGGCAGGAACGGAAGAUUCCCACACCAAUGGCUACACAAGGGUCACAGCAGAUGAUUACAUGGUGUUGGAUCUCAGUACCACUUCCAGUGUUCAAUCCAGCAGCAGCAUUCACUCAUCACGGGAAUCGGAGGCAGAAAGUGAUGAAGGGAUUCUGCUGGAUGAAAUAGAUGGGGCCAGCGACAGUGGUGAAUCCACUCACAGAGCAGAGGCCCAGUCCCAAGCUGCUGGUUCCAGUCAUGAAGUCCUGGAAGCCUCCAUACUGCAGGCAGCAUCAACUAGCAAUGGUGGAAUCAUGUGUAUUAUCUGCCACAAAAUGUACAGCAACAAGGGAACUUUGAGGGUUCACUAUAAGACAGUCCAUCUUCGUGAAAUGCAUAAGUGCAAGGUCCCUGGUUGCAAUAUGAUGUUCUCCUCUCUGCGGAGUCGGAAUCGACAUAGCCAGAACCCUAACCUACACAAAAAUGUUCCUUUCACCUCCAUAGAUUAAUGCAGGCCUCUACUCCAGGUGGCCCUGAUCUGUGGAAACUGCCAAGCCUUUUUGACAUCAGGUGCUUACUCUGCAGUUUUGCUCUCUAACCUGGGGUUCGGACCCAAGGAGCAAUUGUUUCAGCUCUAUAGAUUGAAACCCCAGCUCUUAUUGAAAUGCUCACGCUUAAUUCAUCUCCAAAGAGACAAUUUGAACUAACUGUGACUGUUGCCUGCAAAAUAAAAGUACCUUCUUAUUGUCAUUGUGUACUAACUACUUGUCAGCUUUUGAAAGAAACUUUGAUUGAGCAUGGCGGCUUAUUUUGUAAAUAUUGUGCCCUUAAAAGGCCAAUGAUGUAAAUCUGUUGUACUGUCAUCCUGAUAAGCCAAGGCCCUCUUUUUAUAAUCUUUGUGCUUUGUGAAAUUUCCAAAAUCAGCAACAUAGAACUUGUAAAGUAAAAAUUCCCACUUGUUUUAAUUUGUCACACAGCAUUAGAGUCUAUCUUCUGAGCAGAUUUUGGGCAUAUGAUGCCAAUUUGUAACUUUACUCCUAACAUCCAUAAGGUGGUAUAACCGUAAAAUUAGAGCCAGACUGUUUGGAGGUGAUGUCAGGAAGCACUUCACACAGAGGGCAGUGAUAAUCUGGAACUCUUUCUCCAAAGAAGCUGUGGCAGUUUAGUAACAGUGGGGUGGCAAGGAAUGUUCAAUUGGAAAUAUUAGAACUAAGAUUGAUAGUUUAUCAUCAGGCGAGGAUGUGAGCAUUAUGAAAUUGAAACAGUUGAUGGAAUUGAGGUACAGAUAAACCAUAGUGUAGUAGAAUGUUUGAAUAGACUGAAGGGACUGAAUGGCCUCCUCCUGUUCCUUUGUUCCAAGUGAGUUAAAAUCUGUUGAUUUUUCAGCUGUCAUUGUGCCCCUAUUUAUAAACUAAAACAGCUGGCCUGCCCCAUACUAUGUUUAAAAAUACUGCACUGUCUUUUGUGAACUUCUUCAUGGGUCUCUCCUUAAAAGUCAGAUACAUUUCAUGACAAGAUCCUCUGAGUUGAGGGUACAUUACUAUCUGUCUCAAACCUCUUACACGCUGGAACCCCCUCAGCCCUCCAAUCUCAUUAAUAAUAAUAUUGAUCUCAUCUAUGUGGGCCAAAUUUCACGUUGGUGUCCUUGCCUUCAACUAUUUAGGCCCUUAGCUCUAGAAUUCCCUCAUACACCUGUCCGAUUCCCUCCCUCUGUCUCCCUUCAAGAUGCUCCUAAAAAUCUAUUUCAUUCACCAAGCUUUUGAUCACCCCUACUAAUAACUCCUUUUGUGGUUAUAUAUUAAAUUUCUGUCCAAUAAAAUCCCUGUGAAGUGCCUUAGGAUCAUUUGCCAUGCUGAAGGUGCUUAAUAAACACAGGUUAUUGUUGCAUUUCUACUCUGCCCAGCAAACCAGCAUUAGGAAAUGUUUGUCUGGUAUGGGAUGUUAGCACAUGCCACUUAUUCUCAGGUAUUCUAUAAAUCAGAGAUUCUGAUGGUAGUGCUUAUCUAUACCAAUUUGGCUAUUUGAAAAUGAAUAGGUCUUUGCAUACCUCCUUAUCCCACCCGCCUCUUUUCAAUCACAAUACUUUUUUCUGAUGUGUUGGUUUUUUUCCUCUGGAAGGAAUACAAGGACAAUCAGAUCAGCAGUCUCAAGGACACUUGAUCCUUUUAAUACUCAUUGUUUAGUAAGAGAGCACCCAUUUGCUGAGGACAACUUAUCGAAAUCACAGAUUAAGUCCGUCACAGUCCUCUAGUACAUCACCAACUGUUCAUGCAAUUUGUGAAAUAUGAACAGUAAAGUUAGAGUCACUGGCUCAUUGUGAUCAGACAGAGCUCUUUGUCCAUUAAUUCACAGGUAUGUGCAGUUAACAAUACUAAACUGUCAAUAUCAAGGAAUCCGGAGAGGUGGUUGCUAUACCCCUGGUACAUGGCUCUUUUUUGGAAAUGUUUCUCUUAAAGUAUAUAUAUAUUAUAUAUAAGCAAGGCAAAUCAUUAGACUUUUCAAAAAAUCUCCCAACAGUAGACACUGGACAGAAAUAUAGAAAUGUUAUAGUUUUACUACAAACACUUGACCAUUGGGAAAUUGAAAACAGCACCUUCAUAUUAGAAAGUAAAUCACAAAAGAAAAAUUGCAGUUGAUUCUGAGAUAACA